UCAAUGCGGAAGUUGGAUCAUGAGCUUCUGCUUCUGUUUCUCUUUUUCUCAAGGAAGGUUGUGCUUCACUUCGGACUGCAACUUCAGUGAAGUAUUUGAAGAGCUGAAGAUGCAAUAUUCAAAAUGAGCGAUGAAGGGCUUAUGCCUGAAGCGUUGGCUGCCCUGCUGCUCGGAUGCUGCCUGAUCUGCUGUGCUUUUCCAGCGCCACAAUUUUUGACUCUCCAGUGUCUGCAGUCCUCACUUUGACACCAAAGUCUGACAUUCAUUCAAUCCAUCAGGACUGCAAUGAGUUUUGUCUGUGAUUUUGUGAGAAGCUUUUUGGUUCCUGUUGGAGUAUGUUUUCAGCAUCACUAGGACUGGAUGAGAGAUCCUACUGUUGCAGCACAUUGUGUGGAGUCUGAAACAGUUAAACGGUCUAGAUAGAGGAAUUCACCGUGGGGAGAGGCUCCACACAUGUUUGUGUGCGGUAGGAGCUUUGGCUAUGGAGAAACCCGAGGAAUCCUGCCCAUUGGGCAAACGAUGGAAGUGUGAUGACUGCGGGAAAGGGUUCCGUUUCCCAUCUGCCCUGGAGACUCAUCGGCGCAGUCACACUGGGGAGAGGCCGUUCCCCUGCAGUGAGUGCAGGAAAGCCUUCAGCCAUUACUCCGACCUGCUGAGGCAUCAGCGGGUCCACACAGGGGAGAGGCCCUUCAGCUGCCUUGAGUGCGGAAAGGCCUUCAGCAAUACCUCCCAUUUGCUGACCCACCGGCGGGUCCACACAGGGGAGAAGCCCUUCAACUGCCCUGUAUGUCAGAAAGCCUUCAGCAAUUCCUCCUCCCUGCUGAGGCACCGGCGAGUCCACUCGGGGGAGAGACCCUUCAUCUGCCCAGAGUGUGGGAAGGCCUUCAGCUAUUCUUCCAACCUCCAGACCCACCGGCGGGUCCACACGGGGGAGAGGCCAUUCAGCUGCCCAGAGUGUGGGAAGGCCUUCAGCGAUUCCUCCAACCUCCAGACCCACCGGCGGGUCCACACGGGGGAGAGGCCAUUCACCUGCCCCAAGUGCAGGAAGGCCUUCAGCAAUUCCUCUGAUCUGCUGAAGCACGAGUGGGUCCAUGAGGAGGAGAAGCCCUUCAGCUGCCCUGAGUGCGGGAAGGAAUUCAUUCAGGUGGGCAACUUGCAGAGGCACCAGCAGGUCCACACCAGGGUGACGCCCUUGCCCUGAGUGCAGGAAGGGCUUCACCCGCUCCUCCCAACUGCGGAGGCACCAGCGAGUUCACAUGCUGUCACAGGGUGAUUGAAGGAGCGACGGCUGUGUGUCAUUGUCGUCUGCACUAUUAACCGAGUUCCAGGGAUUCACGGGUUCAAAUCCCGCUGUUGCAGAUGGCGGAAUCAUAAUUCAGUUAGAAAUCUGGAGUUCCGAAUCUAAUGAUGAAACAGUUUUCGGGGGUAUGGGCCUGGAGAAACCCCCAUCUGAUUCACUUACAUCAUUUUUAGGGAAGAACACUGUCGUGGGAAAGGAUUCACUCAGUUGUCCCAGCUGCAUCCUUUACCCAUCUGGCCUACAUGUGACUCCAACCCCAAAGUAAUGUGGUUGACUCGUCACUGCCCUGUCCUGGCAAAUGAGGAGGGAGAAACUUACUUGGAUACAGGAUUUGGGUUAAAAUUGCUGUGUGAGGAAAUACUUCCUAUGGGUUGAGGCUGUACCAAAGAUCCAAUUACAAAGGGACAACUCGGUGGUGAGCAAUAUUAAGGAAAGGUGGGGGGAGUACGUAGUGGUGUGUGUGCGCUUUGACCUUGAGCUGUUUUUGAAAAAGCUACUUUUUCCUGGGUGUGGGGUGGGGGUAUCUGAAGCUGUAACAAAGUUGGGUCACAAUAAAGGUUACUUGAACUUA